AUGUCGGUGCAGCAACGUGUGCAUGCCUCGUCAUCGUCCAUGCCCAUGUCACGCUCCGCGUCAUGGACAGAGGCGGGAUCCACGCCAGCGCCAGCAUCGGCUCCCACCUCAACGGCGCCGACGCCGCCCCUGCCUCCGCAGGACGGGCCGAUCCGCGCGUACGCCAAGCUCGAGUUCCCCGGCUUUUCGUACUAUAUCCAGACGCUGCCCGUCACGAUCGGCCGGAGACCACAGGGACCACCGCCUUCGCCCGUCGGCACGUCGUGGAGCGUGCCGCGCGACGUCGACGUGGAUCUCGGCCCACUCAAGUCGAUCUCUCGGAUGCAUGCGCGCAUCUUUUACUCGGCGCAGGUGCUGCGCGGCUCCGUCGCGCCGCCACCCGCCGACGCGCCUAAAUUGGAGGGCCAGUUCAUGCUCGAAGUGCUCGGCCGCAAUGGCGCCUUUGUAGACGAUGUGUGGGUCGGUAUGAACGGCGUCGUGCCCCUCGGCCCACGGAUCAAGAUCCAAAUUGCCGAGCGUGUAUUCUACUUUGUGCUCCCGCCUCCGCCUUCCUCGAUGGACGAAGAAGAAGAGGAGGACGAAGAGGGCGUAGAGGACGAAGAAGAGGGCGCGCCGCUCUCGUCGGACCUCUCCGACGCGAGUCCGCCCGCCAAGCCACCCAAGUUGGUGCUCAAGCCGCGGGCGCAGCUGCCCAAGCGCCCGCACGAGUCAGAGGACGAUGACGUGUCGAAGCGCAUCAAGGAAGAAGCGCCUGAUACGCCGCUGCCCUUCCAAAAGCCCGACUUAUCGAACGUGCAGCUCAUCACCAAUGCCCUGUCGUCCGAAUCCUGUGCGAAAAAGGGCCACAAACUCACGCUACAGGAAGUGUAUGAAUGGCUGCAAAACACGUAUCCAUGGUUCAGCCAAAACGGACGCAAGACCGGCCGCGACUGGCAGAGCUCGAUCCGUCACACCAUCGGCACGAGCCGCGAGUUCUGCAAGGUGCCUCGCCGCAGCGACGAGCCAGGCAAGGGCAUCUUUUACACGCUCGCCACGAGCGACCUGGCCAAGGCACAGCCGCCGCAGGCCGAGCCGCCUGCGACUGAUACCCCUCCCUCCUCUGCGCCCACACGCACCGAUACCAAGCCAGCGGCCCCCGCGGCCCCCGCAGCGCCUGCCGCGCCCGCGACGCCCGCGACACCCGUCACCCCAUCCACGUCCUCCAUGCCCCGCAUUCCCCUCGUGGUCGGUGUGCCGCCGACGGAUGCGACGGCAGCGCCCAAAGCCCCCGGCUCGCUCGAGUCGCUCCUCGAAACACCGCCGAUCGCCCACCAUCAGGGCAAGCUCUACCUCAGUCCGAGCGUGUUCGGUCACCUAUCGCAGGACCAGCUACGGCACAUCGAAGGACUGGGCGCCCAACAGGCACUCCAGGUGCUCCAGUCGUACCUCGUGACGCAUCUCAAGGCCAAAAUGCGCAAGGCCAAGGCCCCGACGCCGCCGCCACCACCACCAGCCAAGUCGCCGAGCGCGUACGACCAGCGCCUCGAGCCCCCCAAAGUCCCUCGCAUUCCCGUGCCCGACACGCCGCGCGAGGCUCAUAUACCCAAGGACAAGAGCGAUCCCCUCUCGGCUCUCUCAGCCCUCGCCGCUCAUCCCGAGGCCGCCGGCCUCAUUGCCCUCCUCAAGAAGCAGCAGGCUGGUGGACAGGGCACCGUCAAGCUCACGGCCGGGCAGCUCGAGCUCUUGCAGCUGGCGAAUCGCCUCGCCAUGCAGCGCAAGAAGAAGCAGGCACCAGGCUCGCAGCAGCCAUCUACCUCCGGGUAG